AUCGUCAUUAUGAAACAUAUUUAUAAAAAAAAUAUUAUGAAACACCUUAGUUCAAAACAAACUAGCUAUAUAUACAUAUACCCCUAGAAACCCUCACAGGUAGAAACCACCAUGGAUUCUUCAUCUUCCCAAAAUCCCACAGAUAAAGAUACUACUGCACAACUCAGUAAAAUGCUUUCCAUCGACGACAUUUAUGAUUUUAUGAACUUCAUACGCCAUCCUGAUGGCACAGUCACUCGUAAACCGAGGAGACAUCCAUUGACAUCAACCGCACCUGACCUUAGCCACCCUACUCCGGUGCUCUCCAAAGACGUGACAAUCAACGAAUCAAACCACACUUGGGCUCGAAUAUUCUUGCCUCGCCAUGCACUCGAUCAAUCUUCCUCCUCAAAUGCAACACUUCCUCUCAUUGUAUUCUACUGUGAUGGAGGGUUCGUCACUUCGUCUGCAGACACAUCUUACUGUCAUGACUUUUGUUUCAACAUGUCUUUACAACUCUCUGCGGUGGUUGUCUCCCUCAACUACCGUCUCGCGCCGGAGCACCGCUUGCCGGCAGCCUACGACGACGGCGUGGAAGUAUUGAACUGGGUCGCAAAAACAAACAAUGAGUGGUUAAGAGAGCAUGCCGAUUUGACUAAGGUGUUCAUCAUGGGAUCUAGUGCCGGCGGCAACAUAGCUUACCAUGUCGGAUUACGCGUUGCGGCUGCGGGGGUUGAUCAAUUUAAGCCGUUGAAGAUUAACGGCUUGAUAUUGCACUAUCCAUACUUCGGUGGGGCUGAGAGAUGUGAAUCCGAGUUGAGAUUAAUAAACAGCAACCUUGUGUCUCCUUGGUUAAGUGAUCCAGCAUGGGAACUCUCAUUGCCAAUCGGAGCCGAUCGAGAUCACGAGUACUGCAAUCCGAUGGUAGGGGAUGGACCAAAGUUGUUGGAGAAGAUCAAGUUAUUGGGUUGGAAGGUAUUGCUGUCUACUUGCGAUGGAGAUUGGGCGGUUGACCGACAAAUUCAACUAGCAAACAUGAUGGAAGAAAAGGGUAUCAGAGUGGAGAGAAGGAUCGUUAUUGGAGAUUAUCAUGGUGACGAAGCCACAGAAUUACCUAAGCAGCAAAAACUGAUUAUUGCCUUAAAAGAUUUCAUAUUUUCUUCAAUUGCCCAAUUUCCUAGUUGAUGUUUGCUUCGCUCUGUUCUAAGUUUGUAAGUCAUGUUUCUCGUGGUGGGAAAUUACCCAGUAUCCUCCUUCAGAAAUAGUAACCAAUUAAUAGUAGAGUAAUACUUGUUCUUAAGCUUUAUCAGUCUCACACCUCCUGCUCUGCUCCUCCUGGUGAUCACUCCCCCACCAAGAAUUCUAUCCGGUAACAACUGCAUCACCUCCGACUAACAUCUCCACCAUGAGCUUCACCACUCAUGCAUGAGCUCUGCCUAUGAACUAUAUCCGGCACACUCUCCCGUGCAUCACAGCACCGGUGCACACUCCUCCGCCACUGCCUCUUCACAGUUCACAAGGUGCUUCACAUAGCACACCUAACACAAAGCUCUCCUCUCCCCGCAUAAAGAGAGCCAAGUCACGUCAACCACAAUUUGUGUUCCCAAAUACAACACGCAAGUUGAAGUCCUGUAUUUCCCAUUCGAUCUUUUUACUCCAGUGGGGUCCCACGUGGGUUUCUUUUCCUCUCUUCAAUCAUGGAGACUUCAACUCUCAUCAAUUUUUUGAUCAAAUCCUAACAUCA